AGAUGGUGGUAGGACUGCAGGGAGUAAAGACGUGUUGCUGAGCUGUGCUUGGGAAGUGUUUGUUGGUGUUGGUGCUUGACACUUGAUGUUCCAGUGAGUUGUAGUAAAUGCAGAUCGGGCGCAGCAGUUUUGUAAGCGUGCCCAUGCGCCGCCAUGCCUUCUAUUGAUGGUGAGGCUGCAGCAGGAUACAGUGGUGGCAGUAUGAGUGGUGGAAGCGUCGCACCGGUGGUGGAGGCAGGCGAGCUGUGUGAGGUGCUGCGGCGGGCACAUGGAGUCGAGGAGAUACUGAUGCUAGAUUGCCGUGGCGCCGACGACUACAGAGCAGGACACAUCCGCGGGGCCGUGAGUGUAGGCCUCUCCUCCCUGAUGCUCCGGCGCCUGGCCUCGGGCAAGCUGAGUUUGCCUCAGGUCGUGCGGCACUUGGCUGCUGACGGCGGAGAUCGGCUCGCCAGGCUCCACCAGUGUGUCCCUAUCGUUCUCUACGACCACGCCCACGCUAGCAACCCGCUCACGCCCACACUCAUGACCAUCCUCUGUAGGAAGUUCAACCAAGAGGGCUGCAUCGCACAUUGCUUAUCAGGUGGCUUCGAGGAGUUUCGGUCGCGGUUCCCCGAGUGGUGCGAGAGCGCGCUGCCCAACGAGCCGCCGAUCGUGGGCUUCAAGAGUCUGAGGAUCACGUGCCUGGAGGCCGAGGAGGACGUGGAAGGAGCGUGCGACUCCAGCCUCGGGAGGGACACCCCCCUCGACGACUUGGGCUUCCCCGUGGAGAUUCUGCCACACCUUUUCCUCGGCAACGCUAAGAACUCCGGGGAUCGAGAUGCGCUUAAUAGACACAAGAUUAGGUAUAUAAUUAAUGUGACGCCAAACCUGCCUAAUGUGUUCGAAAAUUGUGGGAAUUACAAGUACAUGCAGAUUCCCAUCGCCGACCACUGGAGCCAAAACCUCGCUUCUUUUUUCCCGCAAGCAAUUCAGUUCAUUGGGUCGCACUCGGUCCAAAGCCUUGUCUCUCUUGUUCUCGCGAAUCAUAGCCGAGACCUGACUGGCUGGACACCGGAUAUAUGGCUCUCUACUAGCCCGCAGACUCUCCACGUUGUCGGUCGGCGCCACACCUCCCGGGAUGCCGAACCAGGCGCGAGGAGUCUCAGCUGUCGCCAGGGGGUUCGUGCUUCGAGAUCAAAACUCCAGGGCGCUCAGCCAACAGCAGCAUCACAGGAGUGCCCAGGACUUCGCCGAAUGGGCAGCCUCUCUGGAUCCCUGCCGCACAAAUUCAUCCAUCAUGCGAAUGGAUUGUCCAGAUAA